GCUCUGAUUGGUCAAUCUUGUAUCACCUUUGACCCGCAGGUCAGAGCAAGCAUGGCGGGAUCUGGGAUGAAAAAGUUGGAGUGUAAAGAUUUGCACGGUUAUCUGAAGACUUUAGGGGCGUCUCUGCUGGAUGAAUUGUACGGGAGGCCAGCAACGUGUCUAGCAGUCUUCAGGGAGCUGAGUGAGCUAGCGAAGCACUACGUGAUGCGGCUGUUGUUCCUGGAGCAGGCGGUUCCACAGGCCGUGGUCGGGUCAUGGGUCGCCAGCGGCAAUCACAAUGAGCACCUGCGAGCAGUGUCCCAGCUGACUGAGCUGCGGGUGUGGCAUGAGCACCAGAUCUCCGGCGGGCUGGCCGGCUGGAUCCUCAGUCCCACCUUCAGGGCCAACCUCAGGACAGCUCUGCUGGGAGGAGGCAAACCCUGGUUCAGUGCUGUGCAGCUUCCUCCAGACAAACAUGCCAAGGAUGUGGCUGCUCUGGACACAUACUCCUUAGAGAGAUGGGAGGUCCUACUGAACUUCAUUGUGGGAUCAGGAGAGGCUCAAGUCAGUAAAGACAUCAUGGAGAUUCUGGUCAGGUCAGGGCUCAUGAAGAGUGAGGAGGGAAGUCUCCAUCCGACCAUCACCCCAGCAGGUUUCCAGUUCCUCCUGAUGGACACGCCCUCCCAGGUGUGGUACAUCAUCCUGCAGUACCUGGACACCAUGCAGAGUCGAGGGUUGAAUCUUGUAGAGGCUUUGCAGUUCCUUUUUCAAAUAAGUUUUUCCACGCUUGGUAAGGACUACCCCACAGAGGGAAUGAGUGACUCUAUGCAGCAGUUUCUGCAGCACCUGCGAGAGUUGGGUCUGGUCAACCAGCGCAAACGGAAGUCCGGCAGGUUCUACCCAACAAGACUCGCCAUCCACCUCGCUUCAGGUAUUUCAGAUGUGGAGAAAGACUUUCACAAAGAGGGGUACCUGGUAGUGGAGAGUAACUACAGAAUAUAUGCAUACACAGAUUCGGAGCUUCAGGUGGCUCUUAUUGGGCUUUUUAGUGAAAUUCUGUACAGAUUUCCCAACCUGGUUGUUGCAAACCUGACCAGAGACAGUGUCCAGGAGGCAGUGGUGAGAGGGAUCACAGCCGAGCAGAUUCUCCAUUUCCUGCGAGUGAAUGCACAUCCCAAGGCCCUUCACAGAAUUCCAAUAGUUCCUCCCACCAUCAGUGAUCAGAUCAGGCUAUGGGAAAUGGAGCGGGACAGGUUGACUUUCACUGAAGGUGUCCUGUAUAACCAGUUCCUGUCACAACCAGACUUUGAGAUGCUCAGGAAUUAUGCAAAGGACCAGGGUGUUUUACUGUGGGAGAACAACUCCAAACGAUACAUGGUGGUCAGCAAAGGUGGACAUGACGACGUCAAGAGAUACUGGAAAACCAUUCGGAAAGGAAACAGCUGACAUCGGCUCUACCAAACACAAAUCUU